UGCAGUGAGGUGAUUGGCUGGAGCACUACUGGCGCGAGGUAUUGUAAAGUUUAGAGCCAGAGGAAACUGACGAUCACUGAAGUGUUUAUUUUGUUGAGCUAUUCAGUGACACAUCAGACCCGAUCUGAUACGUUAUGUCAGCGAAGGCAUCGAUGGACGAGCAACAAAUGUGUCCGUGAACAGCUUUUAAAGUGACGCGCGCCACUUCCCACCAGCUGCAGUUUAGCUAGCUUAGCUGCUAGCUGCCAGGGCUCUGAGUCAACGGUAAACAUGAGCUCCUCAAGGGAGAUAAAACAGCUGCACAAAGCAAAGAGCAAGGCGCAGAGCAGCAGCAACUUAAAAGAGGAAGCUAGCAUCUGCAAUCAGCUUGGAGAGCUGCUGUCCAGAAAUGGUGACUACAAGGCUGCCAUCAGCGAGCACCAGGAGGAGUUGGCUCUCUCCGAGGUGCUGAACGACGUGAUUGGACGAGCUGUGGCCAACCGUAAGAUAGGAGAGUGCUACGCAGAGAUGGGCAAGUUCGAUGCUGCUUUGAAACACCAGCGGCGUCACCUCGACCUAGCUCGCUCUGUCCGAGAUCAUGCUGAGGAGCAAAGAGCACUGGCCACUAUCGGUCGAACCUACCUCUUCCGUUACGAGUCGGACCAAUCAAGGAAGAGUUUAGAGCAAGCGGAGGAAGCCUUCAAGAAGAGCCUGGCCAUUGUGGAUGACUGUCUGGAAGGUAAUGUGUCAGCGCGAGAGAUUAGCGAGAUGAAAGCACGCCUCUUCCUCAAUCUCGGUCUGGUGUGUGAUCAUCUGGGCGAGCCCAAGCGUUGCAGCGAGUUUAUCCGACGUAGCGUCUUUAUCGCAGAGAAGAGUCAGCUGCUGGAGGAUCUCUAUCGUGCAAACUUUAACCUGGGCAACAUCUACUUCCGCAACGAGCAAAAGUCCAAUGCCGUGCGCUGCCUUGAACAGGCCAAAGAGUGUGCGAGGAAGAUUAAAGACAAGUUCAGCGAGAGCGAGUGUUUCCACUGCAUUGGCAAGGUGCAGCUUUCUCUGGGUGAUUUUGUGGCGGCUAGACGAUCUCUGAAGGAAGCUCUCAAGCUGGGUUCCCAGCAGCCUCUGGACAGGCAGGCUGUGAAGAAAAAUUUCAAAUAUGCGGACAGGGGCUGCAAAUUAGAGGAAGAGCUCGGGGAGGAUCAGGGCAAAGGACCGAGCUCCCAUCAGGCUGUGGGGCUUGCAGAGCAGCUGGGAGACCUUUACUCUAAGGUUGGCUGCUACAGCAAAGCUCUGGAUGCAUAUCAAGCUCAGCUAAGGGGGGCUGAGGCGUUGGGAAAGCCUGCCAGGGAGCUGGCUGUCAUCCACGUGUCCCUGGCUGUGACUUACACAGACCUGAGACAGCACAGCAAGGCGGUGGAGCACUACAGACAGGAGCUGGCUUUACGACAGGGUAGCUCGUCUGAGGAGUGCAACACUUGGCUGAACAUCGCAACAGCUCAGGAGGAGAGCGGCUGUUCUGUGGACGAUAUAGACGGCAGCUACAGCGAAGCCUCACGCUGCGCUCAAAAGUCUGGGCAGGCCAGGCUACAGAAACGUGUGUUGAGGCUGUGGCUGGCGUCCCAGAGACGGUGUUGCUCAUCUACGGCAGAUGACACCGAGGCGAGGCUGCAGGAGCUGUGUGCUGCCGAGGGAUGGAGUCCAGACAGGAGCGAUGGUGAGGAGGACGAAGAGGAGGAGAUGGAGAACAGUGAAACUCUGGACGAUAGUGACGUCGUCCUCUCAGACUCAGAUGAUGAUUUGGAGGGUUAUGACAAGACGGUAUCAGGAAGGAGAAAAGCAGGAAGGUGGAACAAGAGGAACGAGAAGGGCGAGACAUCCCUGCACAGAGCGUGCAUAGAUGGCAACCUGAGGCAGGUUCAGUAUCUGGUGGAACAGGGUCACCCGGUGAACCCCAGGGACUACUGUGGCUGGACUCCCCUCCACGAGGCCAGCAACCACGGCCACUAUGACGUUGUAGCCUUGCUGCUGGAGCGUGGCGCUAACAUCAACGAUCCCGGCGGCCCCUUAUGUGAGGGGGUGACUCCUCUCCACGAUGCCCUCGCUUGUGGCAACCUCAGAGUCGCCAGGCUCUUAGUGGAACGAGGGGCUUCUGUCACCCUGCGCAACUCCAAGGGUCUAACCGCCAUGGACACCCUCCGUCAGUGGCAGAGGACGUACAGCAGAGAGUUGGACCAGGAGACCAAGCAGGAGUGCGUCGCUACAGAGAGACUGCUGAGGAAGGCGCUCACGGGGGGAGUGCCGGCUGCUCCAGCCCCAGCCAAGCCUUUCGAUGCCCUGCAGGACAGCCAGCUGUUUGAUGCUGAGAACUCGGAGCCGCUGUUGUCCUCUGGAGGGGGCUGUUCCUCCAGCCAAGACUGGCACCGCGCCAGGAACUCAGAGGUGAAGGCAGUACCUGCCAGCCCCAAACGGUGGCAGAGCCAUGGCUCAACACAGCGCCACAGAGCCAGAGGAACAGAGGCUGCUGUCCUGUAUGGGAACAACUGCAGCUCCUCAGAUGACAGCGACACUGAAUGCCCGGUCAGUCCUCUCCGCCCCGUCCGCCCCAGAAGCAGUUUCCCAGCAGCCCCGAGUCAACAGGAAGCUCCCCCAAGCAGGGAAACCAACUCCAUCCCAAACUCAGGUCGGGAAAAUGUCAGGGAGGCUCCUGUGCCGUCUGUCUUUGCGCGAGAAGAGUACCAAAGCGCCAUCCGGGGCUUAGGCAGCGCCAAAAGUCGUCUCCAGGGUCUGACGCAGCCUCAGUUCUCCAGCACACCUGCUGUUUCAGCCAGCAACAAAUCGGCUCUGGUACCUGAGGAGGAAUAUCUGGCAGAUGACUGGCUGGAGGACGACUUGGAGGAACUCCAGCCGAAGAAGAAGAGGAGGCUUCGAGAGGAACAGAAUGGGUUUAGAGGGGAGGGCACAGCCUCGUCGUCGACAGCAAGAGGUCAACACAUGCACUUAACCUCUGACUCGACCUCCAGAGGCUCUGCAGUUCCAUCCUCUUCCAGCAGGGGUCUCUCUCUGAAAAAGAACAGCUCUCAGAGGCCUCACCAGGUCAAGAUGACUCAAAUGCCGGGGAUGGUCAGGUUGGGCCGACGAGAGGUCAACAGGUCACACAGCCCCACAGUUACAGAUGAUGAGGACAUGAGACCGGAGACGCCUCCGCCUCCACAAGUACACAUGCAGCCUCCAGCUCAAACCUUUGCUGCUCCCAUGCCUACAUCACUGCCUCCACCAAUCAGAAUGAGGGUCAGAGUUCAGGAGGAUGUUUUUCUCAUUCCAGUUCCUCAGAGUGAGGCUGACACCUGCACCGUGUCGUGGCUGUGUGAGCAGGCCGCUCAGCGUUACUACCAGAAAUGUGGCCUCCUGCCUCGCCUGUCUCUGCAGAAGGAAGGCGCUCUGCUCUCCCCGCAAGACCUGCUGCUGGCAGUCCUGCACACCAACGAAGAGGUCCUGGCUGAGGUUUGCUCCUGGGAUCUCCCUCCUCUCCCUGAGCGCUACAAGAAGGCCUGUCAGAGCCUGGCAGUGGUUGAGAACAAGCGCGUCACCCGGCUGUGCGAGGCGCAGGACGGGAGCUCCUCGGUGUCCGUGUGCGGCCUCAGCCUGGACCCCUCCUCCCUCAACCCGCUCCUGCGUGCUCUAAAACUUCAGGCCAGCCUCACCGAGCUGCGCAUUUCUGGCAACCGUCUCCACGAUGCGCUUCUUCCUGAGCUGGUUGCCACCGCGAUCACCAUGCCUCGGCUUCGGCUGCUGGACGUUUCCGCCUGUCAGAUUACAGGGGAAGGGCUGGAGAAGGCUGUGAAUGCUUUGAAGGGACAGAGCCAUCCGGCGUUUCCGUGUCUGGAGGAGCUCGACCUCAGCAUGAACCCGCUGGGUGACCUUGUGUCAGAGUCCCUGUCCUGUCUGCUGUCCUGCUGCCCUCUGUUAGCCAGGCUCUCUCUGCAGGCCUGCGGCCUCACGGCUCGCUUCCUACAGCAGCAUCGACUGCUGCUGGCCAGCGCUCUGACAGGAACAGGACACCUGAAGUCAGUGUGUCUGUCCCACAAUGCACUGGGCUCCACUGGCUUUGAGCUGGUGUUGAAGACUCUCCCUCUCCACUGUCUCACACACCUGGAUCUGUCCGCCGUGCGCAAAGGUCCUGCUGAUUACCUGCAGCUGGAACACCUCACCAAUGUCCUGUCGCAGGACGAGUGUUCGGUGACUCACCUGAGUCUGGCAGCAAACGGGUUGACGGACAGCACUGUAGCCAGCUUGGCCAGGUGCCUGCCGUCAUGUACAACUCUGGUGAGUCUGAACUUAUCGGGAAACCCGUCCGUGACGUCAGCGGGGCUUCACAACAUCCUCAACUCCCUCAGAGAGGCUCGUCGACCUUUGACCCUACUCAACCUUCAAGGUUGUCAGGUGUCCGGCCCCUGGGACACCGCAGGCCUUGACGGAUUGUCAGAGCUUGUCCAGGAUCUCCGUCUUUGCUCCCAGGGACUCAACAAGCUGGAUCGGGAGGCCCUGAAGCAGAGCUGGGACAGCGGCCGGUCAUGUGGGCGCCUCAUGGACCGAAACAGCAAGUGCCUGCUGUCCGCUGUGGCCCCCUCAUGAAGAGGGAGCAAUGAAACGAGACGAUCUUCAUCAUGACACUAAAUCUGAGCCAGGUGACAUUUAUAAUGAUGGUGCUACUCUCUUUUUUUUUUUUUUUUUUUUUUUAAGGUUGUCAUCAGUAAGCAGUGAUCGCUCGAGGCCAUGCAAUUAAAACAAGGACAUUCUGUGUAAAUAGCUUUUAUGUUUCAUGUGUCUUGUACGCCUUAUUUAUGUGUAUGUGUGACAGUUUGAUGUGUUAGCAGUGUGCUUUUGUCAUGCUGCACAUUUUUUCCUCAACUCGCUGAAUUAUUAAAAAAAAGAAUGUAAUUAAAGUAAACAUUUUUCAUCUGUUACAGA